GGUACUGUAUUUGACGUUGUAUCCGGACAAAAUUAGUCUUAUGUUACCCAGAAUACACUAUCCUAAAUAAAUGUUUAGAACCUUUAAUCCUAUUUAUAUUGCUCGGUUAUUUUGACGAUGCAAAGCAACUUGCUGUGCUGUGAGGAAUUUGUUCCUGCCGUCAUUCUCGUAAGGGCUGCUUACAAAGCCGCCUCCGCUCGGAGCUCAUUGUUAGCCUAGUUGUAGCCAUGCUCUGUGCCGCUUUCAUUUCUGUUCCGCGUUGGGACCACCGCUGCUAGCUAGCCUAGUAGCUGGCUAGUUAAGCUUUUUUCCUGUAGUGCUGUCGUUUCGUUGUGUAUGUCGGGGGGUGUCGCUUAAUAUACCCUUGUUUUAUUUUAUGCAAGUUAACAGAGCCGGUCCACUGUUUUAAAGCGCUCAAACCAGGCGGGGGACGUGUGUUUGGAUAGCUAACUUAGAGGAAACGUCUCGCCUCUUCAUGACGUGUGUGUUCUUACUGACGUACAGUCAACCUGCAGGGGUUCAUUUGACUCAAGAGGGAAAUUAGUUGGGCAAAAUCUAGCCCGCGCUGUCAAGAAGAGGAGUUUGUUUUUGCAAUUUUUUUUUAUUUCAUAUUUGGGAGGAAAACAAAUAUCAGGGCCACGAUGGCUUCCUCCUCUGGCAACGACGACGACCUCACAAUCCCCAGAGCGGCAAUCAACAAGAUGAUCAAAGAGACUCUUCCUAACGUAAGAGUGGCCAACGACGCUCGCGAGCUGGUGGUGAACUGCUGCACGGAGUUCAUCCACCUCAUCUCCUCCGAAGCCAACGAAAUAUGCAACAAGUCAGACAAGAAGACCAUCUCUCCAGAACAUGUCAUCAACGCGCUAGAGAGCCUCGGUUUCGCAUCGUACAUAACGGAGGUAAAAGACGUUCUGCAGGAGUGCAAAACUGUGGCUCUGAAAAGGAGGAAGGCUAGCUCCCGAUUGGAGAACCUGGGCAUCCCCGAGGAAGAGCUGCUUAGGCAGCAGCAGGAGUUAUUUGCAAAGGCUCGGCAGCAGCAGGCGGAGCUGGCCCAGCAGGAGUGGCUGCAGAUGCAGCAGGCCGCUCAGCAGGCGCAGAUGGCCGCGGCGUCUGCCAGCGUGGCGCAGCAGGCCAGCUCGUCCCAGGAUGAAGACGACGAGGACGACAUGUGAUCCCAGGUCACAGGCUUUUCGACCUGUCCAGGUUCUGUCCCGGGACGGCGUGGAGGACACACACGGCUCCCAGAGCACUCGUCAACAGAGACGCAGGACUUCUUUGAGCACUGGAAAACUCACAUUGGGAAUGAACAGGAACAGAUGAAAGGGGGGAUUUAAAGACAGACCCCCUCUCCAGACACCAGUACCUGAAAACCAAUAGAAAGAACUGUUAAUGUUUAUGAAAAUGACUUUAAACCCACCCCUCCCGGUUUUAGUUGCUUCGGUUUAAACGAUCUUUAAUUUUCUUGUUUUGUAGGUUUGUGGAUGUGUUCUGAACACGCUGAAUACACACACUGCUGAGGGUCUCUCCAUGGUUAGUUUGACGCCCUCUGGUGCUGCGCCAGAUGACUUGUGACUCAGUGACAUUUGGUGGUUUAGGGAAACUACUUGUGAAUGAUUCCAGCAUCUUCUUCCUCUUUAUUAAAUAUUUGAUGGUAAUUUUUUUCCAACCAGGAAUCCCCCCCCCCCCCCC